UUGCAACUAGGUAAGAAUAACUUCAAGAAGGAAGCCGAUCGGAGGAUUCAGUUAGGCUGGGCAGCAUUUAGAAAGCUCCGUCGUGUUUUCUCGUCGCCCAUACCACAAAGUCUAAAGACAAAAGUCUUAAACCAGUGCAUCCUGCCCGUACUCACGUUCGGUGCCGAAACGUGGACACUGACGAUACGGCUACUCCACAAGCUCAAAGUCGCUCAUCGAGCGAUGGAAGGAGCUAUACUCGGAAUUUCUCUGGUAAAUAAAAUUCAAAAUGAAGAAAUCAGAGUCAGUAAUCUUAUAUUGCCUUCCGUACGUGUUAUGGACUGGAGACCGCGUCUAGGCAAACGUAGUAUGGGACGCACCCUGACCAGAUGGAGCGACGAUUUGCGCAAGGUGGCUGGUAGAAACUGGAUGCGUGUAGCCGAAGAUCAGUCUAUGUGGCGCGCUUUGGGAGAGGCCUAUGUCCAGCAGUCAACUGCCGCAGGCUGA